AUGGCCCCUUUGAAAUCACUAGGCCCAGAUGGAUUGCCACCAACCUUCUUUCAAAAUUAUUGGGAUAUGGUGAAGGAUGAUCUUUACUUUCUUGUGAGUGAUUUCAUCAACACAGGUCAUAUUCCAAGGGAAUUAAACAGGACAUAUAUCUGCCUCAUCCCAAAGGUGAGCGCCCCUGAGUCUGUCGACCAGUUCAGACCGAUAAGCCUUUGCAACAUAGCAAUCAAGAUCAUAACAAAGGUGGUGGCUGACCGUUUGCAUGGAGCACUGGAUCACAUAAUUGCACCAUCCCAAUCAGCUUUUAUUAAGGGCCGUUUGAUCUCGGACAAUAUCUUGGUGGCGCAUGAAAUGUUCCACUAUAUAAAGAAGCAAAAGCAAGGGAAAGAGAAGUUCCUAGUUCUGAAGCUUGACAUGCGGAAGGCGUAUGAUAGGCUCGAAAUUUUUAUCUUAUGCUCUCAAGCCCUUACAGCCAUUAUUAGGCAUGCAGAAUCGGAUGGUAAUCUCCAUGGAAUUAGAGUGAGACAUAGGGGUGACCCUAUUACCCAUCUCCUGUUCGCAGAUGAUUGCUUGCUUUUUGCUAGAGUUAAUCUACAGGAAAUCAAUUGCCUCAAAGAUUGCCUGGAUUUGUAUUGUAAAGCGACAGGCCAAUCAGUUAAUCUGCAGAAAUCAAGUUUCACCUAUAGUCCGAAUACCCAUGAUCGAUUCAAGAGAUGGUUCUUAAGAAUCCUUAAAGUCCAAUAUGGGGAUGGUCCUUCAAAAUAUUGGGGCUUACCUAUGGACUUUGGUGUCUCAAAAAAGUUUGUUUUGAUGAGGUAA